UCGACGUACUUCCUGUUUUCACGAGAGCGUCGUACAGCAAACAUGGCGGCCUCCGGUGGAAGAACCGUGGGAUCUUUUCUCUGGAAAUGCGGCAAUUGCUGCUUCAAUUUUAACACAGUCUCUUCAAAUUUAACCUGCCAGGUGCUGUCCAGACAGCUAUGUGUGAGCGCUGUGCUCCACAGGAAGAACCUGGCUGCAGCGGGCCCAGAGAAGUUCUCGGAGGAGUUCAUCAAGAAGCAGGUGGAGGAGUUCAACAUCGGGAAGAGACAUCUAGCCAACAUGAUGGGAGAGGACCCCGAGACCUUCACUCAGGGGGACAUUGAUAGAAGCAUUGCAUACCUGUUCCCCUCCGGCCUGUUUGACAAAAAAGCCAAACCACUGAUGAAGCAUCCGGAUGAGGUGUUUCCAAAACAGAGAGCUGUCCAAUGGGGCGCAGAUGGACGGCCAUUCCACUUUCUGUUCUACACAGGAAAGCAGUCCUACUACACUCUAAUGCACGACACCUUCACUAAAGCCCUGGCAGUAGAGAAGCACCAGGACCGUCUGAGAGGAAAGGGUCUCUUCACCCAGGAUACCAAGCAGAUUUCUCUGGUGGGUAGUCGGUGGUUGCUGAAAGAAGAGCUGGAGGAGUUGUUGGUGGAGACCAUCUCAGAACACGAUUAUGCACGGUUCAUCCAGCUGAUGGAGAGGUUGCUGUCUCUGCCCUACUGCUCUGUGGAGGAGGACUUUGUCCAGCGCUACCGCAGACAGCUAGAGAUCCAGUCCUCCAAGCAGCAGGUCCAGCCCCUACAGUACGACCAGCACGGAGUGGCUUACAGCACUGGAGAUGGCAGGAGGAAGACCGCUACAGGUACUGUCCUACUGAGAGACAGCAGCUCAGGAUCCAUCAGCAUCAACGGGACAAACUAUGUCCACUACUUCCCUGUCCUGCAAGACCGGGAGCAGUUGAUGUUCCCCCUCCACUUCAUGGGGGUGCUGGGGAGGUUUGACAUGCAGUGCAGUGUGAGUGGCGGGGGCCAUUCCAGCCAGGCGGGGGCGCUACGCCUUGCCAUCUCCCGCGCCAUGCUCAGCUUCCUGUCUGAGGGACAGGUGGAGACCAUGAGACAAGCUGGGCUGCUGACCCCUGACCCCAGAAUUAAGGAGAGGAAGAAGCCGGGCCAGGAGGGAGCGAGGAGGAAGUUCACCUGGAAGAAACGCUGAGGUGAAGGACAGAAUAGAACUGGACACAGGGAAAUCACAGCAACAUCUUCAUCAUUAUCUUCCUCUGAGAUCAGAACUGUUAUUAGUAAGUGGACAAAUUGUUCAUCCAACCCCUGUUGUAGCUUUUUAUAUGUCCCCUAAAGGUGUUUUAGAUCUGGAAAUGGACACCAAGUACAUGACUCAAAUACAUGUACAAAUUCAAAGGGGUUCUGUCCAUGUGAGGGUAGAAUUCCCAACUCCAUAUAGGCUGCAAUGUUUUUUUUUCUGACACCAGAGGGCCAUCUCUGGCAACACACCUGUCCACUGUCUUUGUCUGUAUAUUGAAAAUAAAAUGUUUUUCAAAUACCUUGCUUAUAAUAUGCUGUUUUUAUUCCAUAUAAAAAAUAAAUGGCCAGUAACGUUACAGCUGCACCUUAACCAGGCGCUGUCCACUGUCAUGGGGUGCUGAAAAUCUACGUUAGGGAUUCUGCCUUAGUCGCUGUCCAUGGUGAUGAACCCUGCGGUAGCAGAUUCUGUAUUUCUAUUUCGUGCCUUCAGAACUUUCACCCCUGCGUUAAAUUGGAAAAGGUCACCACAGUUCCAUAAUUUGCCGUCUCAAUUUACACCACAGGAUGGCGAUAAAUGCGCAUAAAAUGCCCUGGUUUAACCAGGGGAGUGAUCAAGAUGCAUGGGCGCUCUGAGCAUGCGGUUGUAGAAUAUGUACAGUGGCUGGUGAAAUUAUUAUUAAAUUCAAUAGAUCUUUAUGUGUAUAUUAAUGAAGUCAAUUGUGUAUGCUUGUAGAUUAUAAAAUAUAAAUGGUUUAGCCAAUAUCUUGUGUUAUCAAAAGGUAGGCUAUAAAACAAUUAUGUAUUUUCACUUUGGACGUAAUCUGUCAUUCUGUUUUAAUAAACAUAUUUGAAA